AUGGUUUUCUGCAGCAAUCUCACAUACUGGGCAGAGAAUGCUUUCAAGCUGCCCAAGCACUCGGUUCAGAUGAUCACGAGUUAUCAAGAGAAUGCUGAAAGGUACAGAGGUUUUUUAAUACAAAGGAGCAAAAUAACUUGGUUACUGAAGGGAGAUGAUAAUAAUGCUUAUUUUCAUGCUUGCAUUAAAAAAAGAAGGGAGGAGAAUCGAAUUGUCUCCUAUUUGAAUGAGCAAGGGGAAAUUGUUGAUGAUUAUGGGGCUGUGGUUCAGCAUUUUCUGAAUCAUUUCCGUGGCUAUAUGGGCGGUUCCAGUUCAGCUAAUGGAUUUUUUAAUGCUCAGAGUAUGGAGUUUGGGUCUUGUCUGGAUAUAGAGCAGCAGCUGCGGUUGACUAGGAGCUUUGGAAAAGCUGAUGUUAAAAAGGCUCUCCUCAGUAUUCCUGGUGUUAAAAGCCCAGGGCCGGAUGGGUUUGGGGCUGAGUUUUACAAAACGAUGUGGCUGGAUAUUGGGGAUGAUAUUUCUGAUGCGGUGCUGGGUUUUUUUCGAGAUGGAAAAAUUCCUGAGGCUCUCAAUGAAACAAUGCUUGCUUUGGUUCCUAAAACAGAUUCUCCUAUUCGAGUAGUUGAUUAUAGACCCAUAGCUUGCUGCAACACACUUUAUAAGUGCAUCUCUAAAAUGAUUUGCAGCAGGCUAUCGGAGGUUCUUCCUCAUUUGAUAAGUCAAAAUCAAGGUGCUUUUGUUAGAGGGAGAUCUUUAGCUCAUAAUAUUCUCAUAAUUCAAGACUUGAUCAAGAACUAUAAUAGGAAGAAUUCUUCCCCUAGAUGUGCUCUGAAGAUAGAUCUGAGUAAAGCCUAUGAUACCGUAGACUGGUUGCUUCAGCUAGGUGCACAACAGCAACAAGAGUUUCGGUAUCACCCUUUGUGUAAAGGCCUUAAGAUUAUUAAUCUUUGUUUUGCUGACGAUUUAGUUAUCUUUUGCAAGGCUAAUAGUGGCUCGGUCCAAGUAGUUAAGCAGGUGUUUGAGGAGUUUUGUAACAGCACUGGUUUAAAGGCUAAUUCUAGUAAGUCUCAGGUGUUUUUUGGAGGGGUUUCUGUGGCUGUUAGGAACCAGCUUCUGAAGUUAGUGCAGCUGGAAGAGGGAAUCUUCCCUCUUAAAUAUCUGGGGGUUCCAAUGCGUCCAACUAAAUGGAAGAUGGCUGACUGUGAUGAAAUCCUUAAAAAGAUCAAGUUAAGACUUCAUACUUGGGCAAGCCGACAUCUUUCUUAUGCAGGGAGGGUUCAACUGAUCACUUCUGUUUUGUUGGGGCUGCGGAAUUAUUGGAUGAACAUUUUCCUUCUCCCUCAAAGCAUUGUCAAAGAAGUUGAUAAACUUUGCUUGUGGUUUUUUUGGGGCAAUAAUGGUACUAGAAGUAAUUUCCAUCUCACUUCUUGGACCACAGUCUGUUUGCCGAAAAGGUUUGGGGGGUUAGGUUUCGGUGAGGGAUCUAAGUGGAACAAAGCUAUGUUAGCCAAAUAUGUCUGGGCGAUCAAUAACCAACUUGAAACGCUUUGGGUAAAAUGGAUCAAUUCAGUCUAUUUAAAAGGCCAAAGUUUCUGGCAGUACAAGCUUAAGAAUGACACCAGCUGGUAUUGGCGAAAAAUUUGUAUGCUGCGUGAUGUUUUUUCUCAAACAGUCAUUGAUGCAGCUGUUAGAUAG